AUGUGUGAACAUAAAGUUAAUAAUAAACAUGAUGGUGAAUUUGUAAACUUAAAAGAAAAAAAUGAACAUAAUCAUUGUGGAAUCACAAAAAGUACAAUAGCAGAUUGUGAUGAAGAUUACUCAAUUAUUACAUUAUGUACAAAAUGUUUAUCAACAAAAACAGAUGUAAAUAAAAAUAAAAUAAUAUUAGACAGUAAAGCACUUAAAGAUAGUCGAACAAAACGUCGUUCAAGUGUUAAUAUAGAUAUAGAUAUCCUUAACAAUAAUUUAAAUUUGUCACCAUAUUUUGAUAGAUCACAAAUAAUUCAAGAAACGGUUCUUAUGAACAAUGAUGAUUUGGCAGAACUUUAUGAAUUAGAUAAAUAUAAAUUAGGUAAAGGAUCAUAUGGAAAUGUAGUAAAAGCUAUAAAUAAAAAAACAGGUCAAGCAAAAGCUAUAAAAAUAAUAGAUAAAAAAAGAAUAAAUAAUAUUGAAAGAUUAAAAAGAGAAAUAUUAAUUAUGAAACAAAUGGAUCAUCCAAAUAUUAUAAAAUUAUAUGAAGUAUAUGAAGAUAGUGAAAAAUUAUAUUUAGUUUUAGAAUUAUGUACAGGUGGUGAAUUAUUUGAUAAAAUAGUAAAACAUGGAAGCUUUUCAGAAUAUGAAACAUAUAAAAUAAUGAAACAAAUAUUUUCAGCUUUGGCAUAUUGUCAUAGUAAAAAUAUAAUUCACAGAGAUUUAAAACCAGAAAAUAUAUUAUAUGUUGAUAGUUCUGAUGAUUCACCAAUACAAAUAAUAGAUUGGGGUUUUGCAAGUAAAUGUAUGAACAAUCAUAAUUUAAAAUCCGUUGUCGGAACCCCUUAUUAUAUUGCACCAGAAAUUCUAAAAGGUAAAUAUGAUAAAAAAUGUGAUAUUUGGAGUAGCGGUGUAAUAAUGUAUAUUUUACUUUGUGGAUAUCCACCUUUUAAUGGAAAAAAUAAUGAUGAUAUAUUAAAAAAAGUAAAAAAAGGAGAAUUUGUUUUUGAUUCUAAUUAUUGGUCUAAAAUAAGUUUAGAUGCAAAAGAAUUCAUUUGUGAAUGUUUAAAUUAUAAUUAUAAAGAAAGAAUAGAUGUACAUAAAAUUGUAAAUCAUAAAUGGUUUGUAAAAUUUAAAACAUACAAUCAUAUAACUAUUAAUAAACAUUUAAGUAAAGAAUUAAUAGAAAAAUUUAAGAAAUUUCAUAAAUUAUGUAAAAUAAAAAAAUUAGCUAUUACAUGUAUUGCAUAUCAAUUAAAUAAAAAAAAAUUUGGAAAAAUGAAAAAAACUUUUGAAGCUUUUGAUCAUAAUGGUGAUGGGGUUUUAACUAUAUCAGAAAUCUUUCAAUGUUUAAAAGUUGGUGAUAAUGAAAUAGAUAGAGAUUUAUAUUAUUUAUUAAAACAACUUGAUACAGAUGGUAAUGGUUUGAUCGAUUAUACAGAAUUUUUAGCAGCAUGUUUGGAUCAUUCUAUUUUAGAACAAGAUGCUAUUUGUAGAAAUGCUUUUAAAGUUUUUGAUGCAAAUGGAGAUGGAAUCAUUACAAAAGAUGAACUUUUAAAUGUUCUUUCUUUUUCAAAUGACCAAAUGCCAUUCAGUAAAGAAAUAAUUGAAAAUGUAAUAAAAGAAGUAGAUGCAAAUAAUGAUGGUUACAUUGAUUAUGACGAAUUUUAUAAAAUGAUGUCUGGAAGAUCUUCUAAAAUGGAAUAA